AUGCCAAGGAGCGGGGACAAAGCAGCGGCAGAGGGGGAUAAGGAGGACAAGCAGCAGCAACAGACGCUGCCCCUCAUCGGCUCCGGAUGUGAAAAAGUGAACGUCUGCAAAGAAGCGGAGAACCCAUAUUUGUGCAGCGACGAGUGUGAUGCCUCCAACCCAGACUUGGCUCACCCUCCUCAGCUGAUGCAGGACCGUGAACGCAAUGGCCUCAUCACCUACUGGCAGACGGUGACCUGGGGUCGACAUCCAGAGCCCCUACUCGCCAACAUCACCAUGUCUUGGAACAAGAGUCUGGAGCUCACAGACGACAUCCAGAUCACGUUUGAAUAUGGCCGUCCCACAAUCAUGGUUCUGGAUAAGUCCAUGGACCACGGGCGCUCCUGGCAGCCCUACCAGUUCUACGCCGAUGACUGCCAAGACGCCUUCAACAUGCAGCCCAAACGAGUGCGUGACCUCUCACCCACAAACCUGACACGGGUCAUUUGCACUGAGCAGUACUCGCGCUGGGUCGGCUCCAAGAACGAUAAGAACGUGAAGUUCGAGGUGAGGGAGCGCUUUGCUCUGUUUGCAGGCCCCCGUCUGCAGAACAUGGACAACCUGUACACCCGCAUGGAAAGUAUGAAGGGACUGAGGGACUUCUUUACCUUCACCAACCUGAGGAUGAGGCUGCUACGGCCUGCACUCGGAGGCACCUACGUCCAGAGAGACAAUCUGCUCAAGUACUUCUACGCAAUCUCCAACAUUGAGGUUCCUGCCAGGUGAGGAGUAAAUGUUUUCUUGCUUGU